AUGGGACACCUCGGUAUACAGCCAGGAAUGAAGUGUUGUAGAUCACAACUGCCACAAGGAAGCGAACCGAACCGAAUCGAAUCGAGUCGAAUCCCAUCCACCGCAACAACCCAUCGUCUGACGAAGUGUAUUGAUAUACUCUAUACGUGCAUGGUGCAGGUGCAGGGAGAGUGCAUUGCGCUCGUGCCUCGUGCACUGGACGAUGCAAACUGUCUGUCGCCCAUCUGUCAUACACUGUGUAUUUGUGCCAGGAUAGGAGAGGAGGCGAGGAAGGAAGGAGAAGUACUGCCUUUCGCGCACAUGCCAUCUGCUGCUCCCUAUUCGAACGACCGCGGUUCAGGUUGCAGUGCGCAAAGAAUUGUCCCUGCAUUCAACCUGGAGAUCUCCGCAGUCGGGAGGUGUAUGCGAGUGCUCUGUCUUUGCGGGAACCACUGA